UCCUCUGUUUAUAUAAACCAGGUGGAUGUGUGUUCCGCCCCCGUCCCCUGCCCACCGACCAUGCGCCACCCCGCACUCGUCUUCGUCCUGCUGCGCUAUGCAACUGCGCGCGCGUCACCCAUCGCAUUUUCGGCCGCUACCACAUCCCACGUCGCGCACCCCGAGCUCUGGUCGGCGGUGUUCUGGCAGAAGAUGUCCAUCAGCGGCGCGCUGGUCCUCCUCGGUGGGGUCUUUGCUGGUUUGACGAUCGCACUGAUGGGUCUCGACGAGCUACACCUUCACGUUCUGGCCGCGUCCAGUCGCGAUGCGAGAGAGCGUAAGAACGCUGCGGAUGUCUUGGCUCUGCUCAAGCGAGGGCGACAUUGGGUUUUAGUCGUCCUCCUCUUGGCGAAUGUCAUUAUAAACGAGUCGCUGCCAAUCUUCUUGGAUAGCGCGAUCGGUGGCGGAUUGGCCGCGGUGGUGAUUUCGACAACACUGAUUGUCAUAUUUGGAAUCAUUCCCCAAGCCUUGUCUGUCCGCUAUGGCCUCUCCAUCGGUGCGGCCUGCGCGCCACUUGUUCUUGGGAUGAUGUACCUCUUUGCUCCGAUCGCUUGGCCGAUCGCCCGACUGCUCGAUGCGCUGCUCGGGGUGGAGGGCACCCACACGUACAACAAAACUGAACUGCGCAGUUUCCUGCAGUUCCAUCGAACUGGCGAGGAGCCACUUAUGGAUGACGAGAUCAGCAUCCUCAAUGGAGUGUUGGAGUUGGGCACGAAACGCGUCGAGCAGCUUAUGACGCCCAUCCAAGACGUCGUCUCGCUAUCUGCUGACGCCGUGCUGGAUCACCAGAUGGUCGAGAAGAUCCUGAUGAGCGGAUAUUCCCGCAUCCCCGUCCACGAGCCCCACGAUCGGACGGCGUUCGUGGGAUUCCUCUUGAUUAAGAGGCUCUUGCAGUACGACACAAAUCUUGGCUGGCCGGUGUCUAGAAUUCCGCUCUCCGUGCUUCCCGAAGCCCACCCGACCAUCAGCUGCUUCCAAGCCCUGGAUUACUUCCAAACGGGCCGCGCGCAUCUGCUCCUCAUCAGCCUCACUCCCGGGAAACCUGGAGGUGCCAUCGGUGUCCUGACGCUCGAGGACAUCAUUGAAGAGAUCCUAUCCGAAGAGAUAGUCGACGAAACGGAUCUGUACCAAGACAACGUGUCGAAAAAUAUGCUGAUCGAUUGACCACAGCUGCUGUGAUGCGCGGUAUCGUCGAACGCACGUCAAAUCGAACGCGAUUCGAGUCGUUCAGCUCUGCUGAGACCAUUCGCCCCACCGAGGAUUCGGCACUCGAAGUAUUCAUCGGCUCUGGGGCAAUCACACCGAGAUACAGGCCUUCGCCUGCGCCUUCAAUACGAAGCAUCCGCGCGCGUGGUAGUGGACUAUGGCAGCACGAUUCAAUAACCACACUUAUUGUCGGCUUUCGCAAGUCGAUUGAUUAAACGUCUCUAAUGAUCCAUAACGAGUGUAAGUAGGUGCCUGUAAGUAUGUAUAAUGUCGACUACGAAUGAAAUCUGAUCAGUGUACAUUAUACUCUAUAUCCGGGGUUAUCGCAAAAGUAUUACCACUCAGUUGGUCUCAUUUCUUCUUCAAAUGCCUGAGUCCCUUCAUCACAUCUUGCAUCCCCUUCUUCCCUGAGCCUUCGAUGCGCCAUUCCCCAGUCCAAUUCACCUCCUGUCGACCAGAAUAAAAGCCGGGACCAUCAGGGUUUUCGGGCGUGACCCAGGCCGAGACCUCGCCUGUGGUGACGUCAUACCCCCCCGCUCGUACUCCGUGUCACUGCUGCCCUCCUUCCUCCUCAUCAUCGCCCCGCCGAACGACCGCGGUGUCGGACACGGGAGAUUCCGCGUCGAGCUCGAGGCGCAGCGGCAGCGCCGGCGGCGGAGAGCGAGGGGACAGCGGACUGCGCGAGCGCUUGUCCCCAGAGCGGCCCUCCAUGCUCACGCCUCGCGCCCAAUCGGCAACGGCGCUCGCGGGCGUGCGGUGCCGCGGGCUCGCAGGCGACGGGUCGGCGGCCCGGCGUGACUGAUCGUGCGUGGGACGCGGCGCCGACGGGGCCGAUGGGGUGUCGGGAAUCAGCACGUGCAGAUUCGCUCCGCGGUGGGGCGGCGGCGGCGGCGGCUGCGUCCAGGUCGACGAGCGGGCUUUGCGGUAGUGGGGGGCGCGCGUCGGCGUCGAUGGCGCGGUGGCGGGUGCGGACGUCAGGGAUGUCGUCGAAGCGGAGCCGCGGGCAGGGAGGGGACAGCGUCUGUGCUGGCGCUCGGCCGGAAGCGGGGUGGGUGUGAGGAUUGCGCCAGAGGAUGGGGCCGAUGAAGCUGCUGGUCUAGCGACCGUCCCCUAGGGCCCAAUGUAUCCAGGAUCCCAUCCACCACGUGGGCGGCAUCCCCUCCUCCUCCGUCUUGCGCGUUACUGCUCGAGUCCCCGCUGGCCACGGAGGACGAAUCCUGCGCUUUUGUCUUCUCCUUCUUCUUGCGACUGAACCAUGACUUGGAAUGGCUUCCGGAGGCAUUGGAGGACUCGCUGCCAGGCAAGCUGCUAACGCUCGAAACGGAGUGACGACGGGGCAGUCGCGGGCUGCUGAGAAGCGGGAGCGGCAUAGGGAGCAUGGCAGGUGGGCACCUGCAGCUUUUAAGGCGCAAGGAAUAGGAGAGCGGAGAGGUUGUGGUGAGUUACCAACACGUAGGCCGAGGUUCCCACUGUAAGCGAACGGAUGCAAAUCAGAAAACAUGGCGAGAAGCGUCGGCUAUACCUGUCGGCCAUCAGCCGCGCAGUUGGUCCUCGCUUCAGAUGCCGCGGAGUGCGCAUUUCUUGUAUCGCCUUAGAUCGCCUUCGGAGCUGUUCCUCUGCGGUGGAGAAGAUGUUGAUGGUCUCAAAUCGCAAGUGCGAGACCGAUCGCAUGUCCUGGAAAUUUCUGUGCUCAAUGCAAAAAGGUUGUCAGGGUAUAUCAUGAUCAGCCUCAGGGGAAUUGUCCUUCUCAGAACUGCGUCUGGAGUGUUCACAAAAAAG